AUGGCCACUGGUCUCCUGGCACUGGAGCUGCGUCUUGCCACGGCCACUGCGGGGAAGGCCAGUGUGCCUUUCGUCACCGUGCAUGGGACAAGCACUCUGAGCAGGCCGUUGAAAGGCUCGUCAGAGGUGAGCUGGGCAGCCCUGGAGCGGUGGGGGGCCUUCCGCGGGCUGACCUGGGGCCCCAGCGUUACCUCGGCUCACAGGAUCCAUAGGCGGUUUUCCAAACCCAAAUUUGGCGCUUGGGAAUCUGCCAGCAGCCUUCACGCUCUGUCCAGAGCUACGUUUAAAAUCUCAGAGAGGUGGGGCCUGCAGGGCAGUGGCUCAGGCCCUGGUUUGGGUGCUAAUUGCAGACCGGAGGAGGGGGUUCCCGGAGAGCUCCCUCACGGAAGCCACAAGGACAGCCCUCUGAAGGCCUGGCAGCUUGACAUGGAGGCCUUGAGAGGAAGACACAGGUCCUGCAGCCCAGCGAGAAGGCGACCGUGCCGGACCGUGGCCCACCACGAGGCAGGGUGUGCAGUGAUUGUGCAGUUUGGGAUGAGCGAAAAGCCGGACCACGUGUCCUUCGACUUUCCCCGACAAGGCGAGAUGCUGGUGGAGAAGCCGGCUAGUGAGGCCGCCGCCCAGCUCACUGAGGAGGAGGUGCGGUGCCUGUCGGCUCCACCUGUGAGCAGGCCCCGGCCCCGCUGACCGGCUGCUGAGAGCAGGUGGAAGAGGUGAGUGGGGCAGGUCCUGGCUUGGGUUUGGGGCUUGCCUUCGCAGUGCCUGCUGUCCUGGGAGCGGCUGAGUGAUAGGCAGCUGCGAUUUCUAGGCGGCAAGCGGCUGCUGGAGAAGGGCAGACAUGGUGAGUUGCUGGGGCGCCGGCCCUUUGCGGAGAAGCCCGCCUACAAGGCGUUUGUGAAAGGCGCCAGCAGCCUGGAGGAGGACACCUCCCUUCCUGAGGGGCUGACGGCCUGGAACCAGGGGCGGGAGGAGGGGGCUGCAAAGCGCUGCGUGCAAGAGAGCCCAGCUUGGCAACCCUGGCUUUGAAAGCUGCUGCCAGAAUCACUGGGAAACACCUUAAAACCUGAUAAGGGCAAACGAGCAUUUUGGAUGCCUAGAGGAUGGGGUCCCGAGUCAGAGGGGCGGGCCGUGAGCCGUAACUCCCCUGCCCCACAGGAAGCAGAAGGCACGCCUCUUCCUGGUGGAGCCUUGAGUUUAGACCUUCAUGGGCCUCCCUUGAGGGGAGGGGGGUGAUGGGUGGAUUUGGUGGGGACAGGUGUGAGUGCUGGUGUCCUUAAUCGCCCCAAGGAGAAGAGGCUUUGGCUCAGUUCAGAAAUUUCACGGUUUAGUGAAGUGGCAGAAUUAAGGGAAAAAGCAGCCAGUUACCAAGGGGAAGUGUUGGGUUUGGGUUGGUGGAAGGCCUGUCAGUGGUUCUGAAGGAAACGCCACGCUUCCCACAGGUGCGUGGUUUUGGGGAGGGUCGUGGAGCCAUGGGGGCCCCGAAGCCCACCCUGCCCCCAGCACCUGGGUGCUGCUCUGAGCUCUCGGGAGGCAGUCUCUCCGCCGAGGCCAGCACCCAUUCUCAGAGCAGACAGCUUUACUGACCAGGGCGUGUCUGGAUUUAAGUCCCUUCUCCAGCUGGCCGUGUUCCCUGUGACCCCCUUUUGUUAGAAUCACAGAGAGGGAGGGUCUGGACCGAGCUGGGGAACCUGUGGGUUGUGUGCAGAGAGUCCUGCUGUCGCUGCCCCCGGUAACCCUCUUCCUGGUGUUUGGGCGGCUGCCAGACGAGAGGAAGGCCAAUUCUGGCUUGUGAGCUCUAGGCCUCUGUUGCCUUAGAUUGUCUGGUUGGUCUGAGAGCGCGGCAAGGGCCCCAGCCCGGGGAGCUGGGGUCAGGACUGGAAGCCUGGGGUCAUUGGCAGCAUCCCUGCUUGCCUCCCAGAGUCCUCGGCACCACGACAGUAAAGGGGUGUCAGCCGCUGCCUCUCAGGGGGCGGGUGGAUGUCUGGGACCCUGGUGACACCUGCUUGCCUCCCAGCUGUUGCUCACGGCACCCCGGGUGUGGGGGUGGGGCGUCUCCACUUGCCACACGUGACCUCUGUUCUCUGCUUGGUCAAGACCAGACGCUGGGAUUUGGUUUAAAAAUUUCCGAAUCAUUUGUUGUGUUUGCUUCAAAAAUAGAAUUUCCAAGUUGAGACAAGCA